GAGGAGGUGCAGGGUGAGAUCCACCUGGGUCUGGAGCUUCUCAGAGAUGCCAAGAGGAUAGGACUGCGCUGCCAUUUCAUAGAGGCCAGGUAAGACACACACUUUAUUGCCUAGUUGAUGCUACUGUAAGCCGUUAUGGUCUCUUGUUGAAAUGUAUAACUGCUUCUUCAAUCUCAAAAGGUCGUCAAAAUGGUCAUCCUCUGUUUGACAGAUCAUCAUGCAGUGCUAUGGGGUUGAAUUCAUAAAAUCUGCAAUGCUACCAAAAAUAAUUUAAUGAAACUGGUUACAAUUGACGGAGUCACCCAUGAUUCAUCAAAUGAUAUUUUGAAUGAAGGAACAAAGUACUGUAAGCAUAUGUUUUCGUUUCAGUCGCCGCCUCCUCCUCUAACUGAAGCUAAUUGUAGAGAUUUUUUUCUAUUGAUAAUGUAAAAUUAACAGCCAUACAGAAAGACUCAUGUGAAGGUGAAAUUACAGAGGAGGAACUUCUGGAUGCAAUUAAAGACUUUAAGUCCGGGAAAACUCCAGGGUUGGAUGGCAUACCAGUCGAGGUAUACCAAACCUUUUUUGAUAUACUAAGAGGACCGUUAUUAGCAUGUUUUAACCACUCCUAUGUAAAUGGUAGAUUAUCAGACACUCAAGAAGAAGGUCUGAUUUCAUUAUUACUGAAACAGGAUACAAGUGGAAAAUAUAAACAUCCAGUCCAUUUUAAAAAAAUUGGAGGCCCCUUACACUUCAGUGUUGUGAUGAAAAAAUUCUAGCAAAAUGUAUAGUGCAUAGAAUUAAAAAGGUAUUGUCGGACAUUAUUCAUUCUAAUCAGACAGGUUUUUUACAUGAAAGAUACAUUGGAGAUAAUAUAAGGCAAGUACUGGAAACAAUAGAACACUAUGGAAAAUCUGGGAAACCAGGCCUGCUAUUCAUAGCAGACUUCGAAAAGGCAUUGAUAAAGUACGACUGGGGUUUAUAUAUACAGUGGGGAGAACAAGUAUUUGAUACAAUGCCGAUUUUGCAGGUUUUCCUACUUACAAAGCAUGUAGAGGUCUGUAAUUUUUAUCAUAAGUACACUUCAACUGUGAGAGACGGAAUCUAAAACAAAAAUCCAGAAAAUCACAUUGUAUGAUUUUUAAGUAAUUGAUUUGCAUUUUAUUGCAUGACAUAAGUAUUUGAUACAUCAGAAAAGCAGAACUUAAUAUUUGGUACAGAAACCUUUGUUUGCAAUUACAGAGAUCAUACGUUUCCUGUAGGUCUUGACCAGGUUUGCACACACUGCAGCAGGGAUUUUGGCCCACUCCUCCAUACAGACCUUCUCCAGAUCCUUCAGGUUUCGGGGCUGUCGCUGGGCAAUACAGACUUUCAGCUCCCUCCAAAGAUUUUCUAUUGGGUUCAGGUCUGGAGACUGGCUAGGCCACUCCAGGACCUUGAGAUGCUUCUUACAGAGCCACUCCUUAGUUGCCCUGGCUGUGUGUUUCGGGUCAUGUCAUGCUGGAAGACCCAGCCACGACCCAUCUUCAAUGCUCUUACUGAGGGAAGGAGGUUGUUGGCCAAGAUCUUGCGAUACAUGGCCCCAUCCAUCCUCCCCUCAAUACGGUGCAGUCGUCAUGUCCCCUUUGCAGAAAAGCAUCCCCAAAGAAUGAUGUUUCCACCUCCAUGCUUCACGGUUGGGAUGGUGUUCUUGGGGUUGUACUCAUCCUUCUUCUUCCUCCAAACACGGCGAGUGGAGUUUAGACCAAAAAGCUCUAUUUUUGUCUCAUCAGACCACAUGACCUUCUCCCAUUCCUCCUCUGGAUCAUCCAGAUGGUCAUUGGCAAACUUCAGACAGGCCUGGACAUGCGCUGGCUUGAGCAGGGGGACCUUGCGUGCGCUGCAGGAUUUUAAUCCAUGAUGGCGUAGUGUGUUACUAAUGGUUUUCUUUGAGACUGUGGUCCCAGCUCUCUUCAGGUCAUUGACCAGGUCCUGCCGUGUAGUUCUGGGCUGAUCCCUCACCUUCCUCAUGAUCAUUGAUGCCCCACGAGGUGAGAUCUUGCAUGGAGCCCCAGACCGAGGGUGAUUGACCGUCAUCUUGAACUUCUUCCAUUUUCUAAUAAUUGCGCCAACAGUUGUUGCCUUCUCACCAAGCUGCUUGCCUAUUGUCCUGUAGCCCAUCCCAGCCUUGUGCAGGUCUACAAUUUUAUCCCUGAUGUCCUUACACAGCUCUCUGGUCUAGGCCAUUGUGGAGAGGUUGGAGUCUGUUUGAUUGAGUGUGUGGACAGGUGUCUUUUAUACAGGUAACGAGUUCAAACAGGUGCAGUUAAUACAGGUAAUUUUUACAUUUGACAUUGUAGUCAUUUAGCAGACGCUCUUAUCCAGAGCAACAGUUAGUGAGUGCAUAUUUUUUUAUAUUUUUUAAAAUACUGGAAUCGAACCCACAACCCUGGUGUUGCAAAUGCCAUGCUCUACCAACUGAGCUACAUCCCUGAUGAGUGGAGAACAGGAGGGCUUCUUAAAGAAAAACGAACAGGUCUGUGACAGCCGGAAUUCUUACUGGUUGGUAGGUGAUCAAAUACUUAUGUCAUGCAAUAAAAUGUAAAUGUAUUACUUAAAAAUCAUACAAUGUGAUUUUCUGGAUUUUUGUUAUAGAUUCCGUCUCUCACAGUUGAAGUGUACCUAUGAUGAAAAUUACAGGCCUCUCUCAUCUUUUUAAGUGGGAGAACUUGCACAAUUGGUGGCUGACUAAAUACUUUUUCCCCCACUGUAUAUAUAAACAUGGGGGAUUGGAAGUGAUGCAGACAAUUACAUUGAUGGAAGUUACAAUCUAUCUGCAAUAUUAAGCUGAUCUACCCCCUAAAGAAAAAAAAAAAGGAAAAAAAAAUGUAUUCUGCAAUGCUCCUCCUUAUGAGAGAUACAAACUUGUUAGAACAAUAUUUCAUGUUACCAGGAAUAUCACACUCCGCUUCAGUGUUUUAUAAAACAGUCUCGUAUGCACAAUAUGGAAAUUGUGAGAAUUUAAGGUUGAUUUGGCAGAGGGAUCUUAAUUGUGACAUUGAGGAGGAUGUAUGGAAAAAAUUGUUUCCAAUGUAGGUUGGUGUACCAGGGAUACAAGGGGUAAAUGUACACAUUAUGAGAUUGUUCAUAGAUACUACUGGAUCCCAGUUGGAUUACAUCAAAUGGUUUAUUGCUCAAUAAUUUCUACUGGAAAUGCAAGGGUGAAGUAGGUACCUUUUUGCAUGCUGUAUGGGAAAUGUCCCAUUGUGCUCCUUUUCUGGAAGUAGGUUCUUAAAAACUUGAAGAAUGGGUGGGACAGCCUAUCCCAGAGUCCCCACAGCUGUGCUUAUUAGGGGAUAUAUCUUAUUUACCACCAGACGUUAGCAAAGAAGAAUUUGGUCUUGCCUCAGUGGGUUUUCUUACAGCCGCUAGACUCAUACUACAUAACUGGAAGAGUGCAGAUUGUCCGAAAUCAACAGAUUGGCUCAAACUCUUGAUGGAAACUGCAUCUCAUGAAUCAAUGAUAGCAAAAUUACAGGAGAGGAAAGGAGAAUUUAGUAUGAUAUGGGAACACUUUUUUAUUUAUUUUUGUAUAAACAGGUCACUAACUGGCUCUCUGUGAAAGAGUCUGUCUCUAGCCGACCUCUGUGGUGAAGUCACUGUCUCUGUUCUGCUCACGCUUCAUCACUGUCACUCAGCAGCUUGCCUUCUGCUCAUGGAUGCAGUUCAGUCUGAGUCAUACUCUCACUACACUUACUGUCUCACUAUCUCACUACACAGGCCCAUCUAACAGGCUUCUAUGCUGCUCAAAGUUCUUGCAUCUUUAGAUUUGGCAGAGUAAUGUAAAAUCUAGGGUAAUAUCUGCACAUAUCAUCCCACUCAUUGAAUCAUUCCAGCACCAUGUAUAGGGACAGGUAAAGGGGCAGGGUGGUUGCUCAUAAUAUAAUAAUAUGCCAUUUAGCAGACGCUUUUAUCCAAAGCGACUUACAGUCAUGCGUGCAUAAAUUUUUUGCAUUAAUGUGUUUCUGUUCGUUGACCUCUUAGAGACCUGGCACCAAGAGACAUCUCUGGAACCUCUGACCCCUUUGCCAGAAUCCUCUUCAAUAACCACAGUGCAGAAACUUCGGUGAGGAGGGAGAUGGGCCGGAUAACAAAACAUAUACAUGUCUGAAUUAUCACCAAUUUUAGUGGAAACAAAGACUGAUUUGAGUACGUGAAAUAGUAAAGGGUUUUUCUGGUGUGUGUGUGUGUGUGUGUCAGAUCAUUAAGAAGACUCGUUACCCACACUGGAGUGAGACCCUGGAGCUGGAGCUGGAGAACAGGGAGCUGACUGAGGGAGGGAGUGUCACAGUGGAAGUCUGGGACUGGGACAUGGUGGGCAAGAAUGACUUCCUGGGAAAGGUGAAGAGGUUAUGUUCCUAAUGUCCAAUCCUUCUAUGGGUUACUUAUGUUAUUCUGUGAGGACACAUUAUACUUAUUUCUACUAUGUAGAAUCAUUCAUAUUUUUACAAAUGCAAAUAUGUAUUGUUGGUGCUAGAGUGCCGUUUCAGUUUAGUGUAUGGGAUGAUGUUUUGGUUAUUUGUUUUCCUGCUCAGGUGGAAAUCCCUUUUGCUUGCCUGCACAAGACACCUCUGUUGCAGGGUUGGUUUCGUCUGCUACCCCUGGGAAACCAUGAGGAUGAUGCUGGGUAAGGAGAAUGUGUGUGUGUUUUUUGUUAGUUUUUUUGCCAACCUUGUGCGGACCAGAAGUCCUCACAAGGAUAGUAAAACAAGGAACAUUCAGACAAGUGGCGACAUUUCACUAGUCCCCACAAGGAAAAAGGCUAUUUUAGGUUUAGGGGUUAGAUUUAAGGUUAGGGUUAGAAUUAGGUUUAUGGCUUGGGGUUAAGGUUAGGUUUAGGGUUAGGUUUAGGGCUGGACAAUAUGGCCUAAAAAUCAUAUCUCGAUUUUUCCAAACGUAUGGGCAAUUUAGGCUGGGUUUCUGUAUAACACUUUGUGACAUCUGCUGAUGUAAAAAGGGCUUUAUAAAUCAAUUUGAUUGAUUGAUUGAUAGCUGCCUUUUGGCAAACUCCAAGCGGGCUGUCAUGUGCCUUUUACUGAGGAGUGGCUUCUGUCUGGCAACUCUACCAUGAAGGCCUGAUUGGUGGAGUGCUGCAGAGAUGGUUGUCCUUCUGGAAGGUUCUCCCAUCUCCACAGAGGAACUCUGGAGUUCUGUCAGAGUGACAAUCGGGUUCUUGGUCACCUCCCUGACCAAGGCCAUUCUCCCCCGAUUAAUCAGUUUGGCCAGGUGGCCAGCUCUAGGAAGUGUGUUCUUGGGGACCUGUGUUCUUGGGGACCUUCAAUGCUACAGAAAUUGUCCUCGACACAAUCCUGUCUUGGAGCUCUACAGACAACUUUGCACACUCUUGCCAUUCUCUCAACCAGCUUCACCUGGAAUGCUUUUCCAACAGUCUUGAAGGAGUUCCCACAUAUGCUGAGCACUUGUUGGCUGCUUUUCCUUCACUCUGCGGUCCGACUCAUCCCAAAACAUCUACAUUUGGCUGAGGUCGGGGGAUUGUGGAGGCCAGGUCAUCUGAUGCAGCACUCCAUCACUCUCCUUCUUGGUAAAAGGUGGAUUGUGGAGGCCAGGUCACAGCCUGGAGGUGUGUUGGGUCAUUGUCCUGUUGAAAAACAGAUGAUAGACCCACUAAGCCCAAACCAGAUGGGAUGGUGUAUUGCUGCAGAAUGCUGUGGUAGCCAUGCUGGUUAAGUGUGCCUUGAAUUCUAAAUAAAUCACAGACUGUGUCACCAGCAAAGCACCCCCACACCAUAACACCUCUUCCUCCAUGCUUUACGGUGGGAAAUACACAUGCGGAGAUGAUCCGUUCACCCACACCACGUCUCACAAAGACACGGCGGUUGGAACCAAAAAUCUCAAAUUUGGACUCCAGAUCAAAGGACACAUUUCCACCGGUCUAAUGUCCAUUGCUCGUGUUUCUUGGCCCAAGCAAGUCUCUUCUUACUAUUGGUGUCCUUUAGUAGUGGUUUCUUUGCAGCAAUUCGACCAUGAAGGCCUGAUUCACACAGUCUCCUCUGAAGUGUUGAUGUUGAGAUGUGUCUGUUACUUGAACUCUGUGAAGCAUUUAUUUGGGCUGCAAUUUCUCUGGGUCUUCCUUUCCUGUGGCGGUCCUCAUGAGAGCCAGUUUCAUCAUAGUGCUUGAUGGUUUUUGCGACUGCACUUGAAGAAACUUUCAAAGUUCUUGACAUUUUCCGUAUUGAUUGACCUUCAUGUGUCUUAAAGUAAUGAUGGAAUUUCGUUUCUCUUUGCUUUUUUGAGCUGUUCUUGCCAUAAUAUGGACGUGGUCUUUUACCAAAUAGGGCUAUCUUCUGUAUACCCCCCCUACCUUGUCACAACACAACUGAUUGGCUCAAACGCAUUAAGAAGGAAAUAAAUUCCACAAAUGAACUUUUAAGAAGGCACACCUGUUAAUUGAAAUGCAUUCCAGGUGACUACCUCAUGAAGAUGGUUGAGAGAAUGCCAAGAGUGUGCAAAGCUGUCAUCAAGGCAAAGGGUGGCUAUUUGAAGAAUCUCAAAUAUUAAAUAUAUUUUGAUUUGUUUAACACUUUUUUGGUUACUACAUGAUUCCAUAUGUGUUAUUUCAUAGUUUUGAUGUCUUCACUAUUAUUCUACAAUGUAGAAAAUAUUUUUAAAAAUUAAGAAAAACCCUUGAAUCAGUAGGUGUUCUAAAACUUUUGACCGGUAGUGUAUAUUUUUGUAUAUACAUUUGCAAAGAUUUCUAAAAACCUAUUUUCGCUUUGUCAUUAUGGGGUACAAUUGAUGAGGAUUUAUUUGGGGGUUUAAUCCAUUUUAGAAUAAGGCUGUAAUGUAACAAAAUGUGGAAAAAGUCAAGUGGUCUGAAUAUUUUCCGAAUACACUGUGUAUAUGUGUAUAUAUAUAUAUACAUACAAAAGUUUGGGGUCACUUUGACAUUUCCUUGUUUCCAUGAAAACAUACAUGAAAUAAGUUUGAAUAUGAAAUAUAGCUAAAUGAAUAGGAAAUGUAGUCAUUGACAAGGUUAGAAAUAAUGAUUUUUAAUUGAAAUAAUAAUUGUGUCUGUGGUGAAUGAUGGACGGCGUCAGGCGCAGGAGUAAAAUAACUGGAUGCAGAUUUAUUCCUUCCAGACAUACAAUGCGCCUACAACGGCAAUCGAAACAGGUACAGGGGAAACAAUCCUCCCUGACCAAACACAGUCUCAGAAAAUACAAUAAAUGUAAUGACACAGGGGAAAAUCAACCCUGGCAAAAUAAAUGAGAGAGUAUCUCAACCGAGUUACUCUCCUCCCACAUAGAACAAUCACUCACAAAGACAAGGGGGCAGAGGGAACACUUAUACACAGACUAAUUAGAGGAUGAGCACCAGGUGUGUGUGAUUGACAAGACAAGACAAGUGGAGUGAUGAGAAUGGGAGCGGCAGUAGCUAAUAAGAACGCCGAAACCUGCCCGAACAAGGAGGGGAGGCAGCCUCGGCGGAAGUCGUGACAGUACCCCCCCCUUGACGCGCUGGACACUGAGGUGGAGAUGGAUCUGUGCGUAAUGCCGGCUCUAUAUCCGCGUCCAUCGCCAACACUACCGGCGCCACGAUGCAGGAGGCCGGAAUUAUGGGGGUGUUGUCUCUGGGCCUCUCCUCUGUGUCAUACAGUCGGGACAGUGCGUCUGCCUUCACGUUCUUCGUACCCGGAAUGUACGAUAGUGUGAAAUCAAACCGGGUGAAGAAGAGGGCCCACCUGGCCUGGCGAGGAUUCAGCCUCCUCGCUGCCCGGAUGUACUCCAGGUUACGGUGGUCUGUCCAGACGAGGACAGGGUGUUUCGCCCCUUCGAGCCAAUGCCUCCACACGGUCAAAGCUCGGACAACAGCCAGCAGCUCCCAAUCACCAAAGCCGUAGUUCUGCUCCGCCGAGCUAAGCUUCUUAGAAAAGAAGGCACAGGGGCGGAGCUUGGGUGAAGUGCCUGAGCGUUGAGACAGGACAGCGCCUAUCCCUACCUUGGACGCAUCCACCUCCACUACGAAUGGUUGUGAUGGAUCGGGGGUGGGCCAGUACCGGGGCUGAGGUGAACAGACCCCGCAGUCUACUGAAGGAAAGAAGAAACUUGAGGAAGCAGGUGAAGUGGAGGUACGGAUAUACCCCUGGCCCAGGGACUUGGUGACUUAUGUCUCCAUAGCCUCCAUUUCAGCCUGCGACAGGGGAUACAUAUGACUCCUGGGAGGUACAGCGUCUACCUGAAGGUUUAUCGCGCAGUCCCCCUCCCGAUGAGGUAGUAAUUUAGUCGCCUGCGUCUUGGAAAAUGCGAGCACCAGAUCAUGGUAUUCGGGGGGAAUGCGCACGGUGGGGGUACUGUCUGGACUUUCCACCGUGGUUGCACCAACGGAAACACCUAGACAUCUACCCGGACACUCUCGCGACCACCCCGUAAGAACCGUCUGCGGCCAUGAGAAAUUGGGGUUGUAAAGGGCUAACCACGGGAUACCUAAUACUACAGGGUAAGCAGGAGAUUCAUUAAUCAAAAAGGUGAUCUGCUCAAAAUGAGUCUCCUGGGUGAUCAUGGUGACUGGUACAGUAACCACCUUAACUAACCCGGACCCUAAUGGUCGACUAUCAAGGGCUCUGAUGGCGAGUGGAAUGGAUAGGGGAACCAAUUAAAUGCCUUGACGGCGUGCAAAUGCCCUGUCCAUAAAGUUCCCAGCUGCGCCUGAAUCGACUAGCGCCUUACACUGGGGAACUACCAUUCGAUCGGGAAAGGAGAUAGAUAGGGUACAGUGCGCCGCAAAGGGAUCUGAACGAGUGUGGGUGUUCGAUACCAGACCCAAAAGAACGUUGACUGCGACGUGAGGUGUAUUGUCCCUUCGUGCCACCAGAGUGGCACUGUCGCUGUCCUCCUCCGCUCUCUCGACUGGCGGCUCCACCCAGCUCCCUCUUCUCGGGAUCCGUGUCGUCCGGGGUGGGAACGGGCAGACCCCUACCAGGACGACCUCUGGCUGCCAGCAGAUUAUCCAGCCGGAUGACCAUGUCCACCAGUUGGGAGAACGAUAGCAUGGCAUCCCGGCAGGCUAGUUCCCGUCGGACGUCCUCCCGUAGGUGGCACCGGAAAUGGUCGAUCAGGGCCCGCUUGUUCCACCCGAACCCCGCUGCCAGCGUCCGGAACUCCAGCGGAGUUGCCUCCAGCUCUUCACUGUUGACGUUGAGACUGGUGUUUUGCGGGUACUAUUUAAUGAAGCUGCCAGUUGAGGACCUGUGAGGCAUCUGUUUCUCAAACUAGACACUCUAAUGUAUUUGUCCUCUUGCUCAAUUGUGCACCGGGGCCUCCCACUCCUCUUUCUAUUCUGGUUAGAGCCAGUUUGCGCUGUUCUGUGAAGGGAGUAGUACACAGCGUUGUACGAGAUCUUCAGUUUCUUGGCAAUUUCUCGCAUGGAAUAGCCUUCAUGUCUCAGAACAAGAAUAGUCUGACGAGUUUCAGUAGAAAGUUAUUUGUUUCUGGCCAUUUUGAGCCUGUAAUCGAACCCACAAUUGCUGAUGCUCCAGAGACUCAACUACUCUCAAGAAUGCCAGUUUUAUUGCUUCUUUAAUCAGCACAACAGUUUCAAUAAUUGCAAAAGGGUUUUCUAAUGAUCAAUUAUCCUUUUAAAAUGAUAAACUUGGAUUAGCAAACACAACGUGCCAUUGGAACACAGGACUGAUGGUUGCUGAUAAUGGGCAUCUGUAUGCCUAUGUAGAUAUUCCAUUAAAAAUCAGCCGUUUCCAGCAACAAUAGCCAUUUACAACAUUAACAAUGUCUACACUGUAUUUCUGAUCAAUUUGAUGUUAUUUUAAUGGACAAAAAAUAGCUUUUCUUUCGAAAACAAGGACAUUUCUAAGUGACCCCAAACUUUUGAACAGUAGUGUAUGUGUGUAUGUAUGUAUGUACACACAUUACCAGUCAAAAGUUUUAGAACACCUACUCUUUCAAGGGUUUUUCUUCAUUUUUACUAUUUUCUACAUUGUAGAAUAAUAGUGAAGACAUCAAAACGAUUAAAUAACACAUAUGGAAUCAUGUAGUAACCCAAAAAGUGUUAUGUUAUAUUUGAGAUUCUUCAAAUAGCCACCCUUUGCCUUGAUGACAGCUUUGCACACUCUUGGCAUUCUCUCAACCAUCUUCAUGAGGUAUUCACCUGGAAUGCAUUUCAAUGAACAGGUGUGCCUUCUUAAAAGUUAAUUUGUGGAAUUUCUUUCCUUCUUAAUGCGUUUGAGCCAAUCAGUUGUGUUGUGACAAGGUAGGGGGGGUAUACAGAAGAUAGCCCUAUUUGGUAAAAGACCAAGUCCAUUUAAUGGCAAGAACAGCUCAAAUAAGCAAAAGAAACGACAGUCCAUCAUUACUUGAAGACAUAUGAAGGUUAGUCAAUACGGAUAAUUUCAUGAACUUUGAAAGUUUCUUCAAGUGCAGUCGCAAAAACCAUCAAGCGCUAUGAUGAAACUGGCUCUCAUGAGGACCGCCACAGGAAUGGAAGACCCACAGUUACCUCUGCUGCAGAGGAUAAGUUAAUUAGAGUUACCAGCCUCAGUAAUUGCAGCCCAAAUAAAUGCUUCAGAGUUCAAGUAACAGACACAUCUCAACAUCAACUGUUCAGAGGGGACUGUGUGAAUCAGGCCUUCAUGGUCGAAUUGCUGCAAAGAAACCACUACUAAAGGACACCAAUAAGAAGAGAGACCUGCUUGAGUCAAGAAACAAUGGACAUUAUACUGGUGGAAAUGUGUCCUUUGGUCUGGAGUCCAAAUUGGAGAUUUUUGGUUCCAUCCGCUGUGUCUUUGUGAGACACGGUGUGGGUGAACAGAUCAUCUCCGCAUGUGUACUUCCCACCGUAAAGCAUGGAGGAGGAGGUGUUAUGGUGUGUUUUUGUUUUGCUGGUGACACUGUCUGUGAUGUAUUUAGAAUUCAAGGCACACUUAACCAGCAUGGCUACCACAGCAUUCUGCAGCGUUACGCCAUCCCAUCUGGUUUGGGCUUAGUGGGACUAUCAUUUGUUUUUCAACAGGACAAUGACCAACACACCUCCAGGCUGUGUAAGGGCUAUUUGACCAAGAAGGAGAGUGAUGGAGUGCUGCAUCAGAUGACCUGGCCUCCACAAUCCCCCAACCUCAACCCAAUUGAGAUGGUUUGGGAUGAGUCGGACCGCAGAGUGAAAGAAAAGCAGCCAACAAGUGCUCAGCAUACAGUUGAAGUCGGAAGUUUACAUACACUUAAGUUGGAGUCAUUAAAAGUCGUAUUUCAAACACUUAACAAACUGUAGUUUUGGCAAGUCAGUUAGGACAUCUAUUUUGUGCAUGACACAAGUAAUUUUUCCAACAAUUGUUUACAGACAGAUUAUUUCACUUAUAAUUCACUGUAUCACAAUUCCAGUUGGUCAGAAGUUUACAUACACUAAGUUGACUGUGCCUUUACACAGCAUGGAAAAUUCCAGAAAAUUAUGUCAUGGCUUUAGAAGCUUCUGAUAGGCUAAUUGACAUAAUUUGAGUCAAUUGGAGGUGUACCUGUGGAUGUAUUUCAAGGCCUACCUUCAAACUCAGUGCCUCUUUGCUUGACAUCAUGGGAAAAUCAAAAGAAAUCAGCCAAGAUCUCAGAAAAAUAAUUGUAGACCUCCACAAGUCUGGUUCAUUCUUGGGAGCAAUUUCCAAAUGCCUGAAGGUACCACGUUCAUCUGAUGAAACAAAAAUAGAACUGUUUGACCAUAAUGACCAUCGUUAUGUUUGGAGGAUAAAGCGGGUGGCUUGCAAGCUGAAGAACACCAUCCCAACCUUGAAGCACGGGGGUGGCAGCAUCAUGCUGUGGGGGUGCUUUGCUGCAGGAGGGACUGGUGCACUUCACAAAAUAGAUGGCAUCAUGAGGAAGGAAAAUCAUGUGGAUAUAUUGAAGCAACAUCUCAAGACAUCAGUCAGGAAGUUAAAGCUUGGUCGCAAAUUGGUCUUCCAAAUGGACAAUGACCCCAAGCUGUGGCAAAAUGGCUUAAGGACAACCAAGUCAAGGUAUUGGAGUGGCCAUCACAAAGCCCUGACCUCAAUCCUAUAGAAAAUGUGUGGGCAGAACUGAAAAAGCGUGUGUGAGCAAUAAGGCCUACAAAUCUGACUCUGUUACACCAGCUCUGUCAGGAGGAAUGGGCCAUAAUUCACCCAACUUAUUGUGGGAAGCCUGUGGAAGGCUACCCAAAACGUUUGACCCAAGUUAAACAAUUUAAAGGCAAUGCUACCAAAUACUAAUUGAGUGUAUGUAAACUUCUGACCCACUGGGAAUGAGAUGAAAGAAAUAAAAGCUGAAAUAAAUGAUUCUCUCUACUAUUAUUCUGACAUUUCACAUUCUUAAAAUAAAGUGGUGAUCCUAACUGACCUAAAACAGGGAAUUUUUACUAGGAUUAAAUGUCAGGAAUUAAACUGAGUUUAAUUGUAUUUGGUUAAGGUGUAUGUAAACUUCCGACUUCAACACUGUGGGAACCAGGUGAAGCUGGUUGAGAGAAUGCCAAGAGUGUGCAAAGCUGUCAUCAUGGCAAAUUGUGGCUAUUUGAAGAAUCUCAAAUCUCAAAUAUAUUUUGAUUUGUUUAAAACUUUUUUGGUUACUACAUGAUUCCAUAUGUGUUAUGUCAUAGUUUUGAUGUCUUCACUAUUAUUCUACAAUGUAAAAAAUAGUAAAAAUAAAGAAAAACCCUUGAAUGAGUAGGUGUGUUCAAACUUUUGACUGGUACCGUAUAUUAUUUUUCUUUUUUUUUUUACUGUUUUCUCGAAAUAAGCUUUGUUGCACAAUUAAAUGUCAAUAUACUGCAUUUCAAACAUCCGGGAAUAAUCGAAUGAAUGCUGAGUUUGAAAAAUUAUACCUAGGCUAAAUACACUGCUCAAAAAAAUAAAGGGAACACUAAAAUAACACAUCCUAGAUCUGAAUGAAUGAAAUAAUCUUAUUCAAUACUUUUUUCUUUACAUAGUUGAAUGUGCUGACAACAAAAUCACACAAAAAUUAUCAAUGGAAAUCAAAUUUAUCAACCCAUGGAGGUCUGGAUUUGGAGGUCACCCUCAAAAUUAAAGUGGAAAACCACACUACAGGCUGAUCCAACUUUGAUGUAAUGUCCUUAAAACAAGUCAAAAUGAGGCUCAGUAGUGUGUGUGGCCUCCACGUGCCUGUAUGACCUCCCUACAACGCCUGGGCAUGCUCCUGAUGAGGUGGCGGAUGGUCUCCUGAGGGAUCUCCUCCCAGACCUGGACUAAAGCAUCCGCCAACUCCUGGACAGUCUGUGGUGCAACGUGGCGUUGGUGGAUGGAGCGAGACAUGAUGUCCCAGAUGUGCUCAAUUGGAUUCAGGUCUGGGGAACGGGCGGGCCAGUCCAUAGCAUCAAUGCCUUCCUCUUGCAGGAACUGCUGACACACUCCAGCCACAUGAGGUCUAGCAUUGUCUUGCAUUAGGAGGAACCCAGGGCCAACCGCACCAGCAUAUGGUCUCACAAGGGGUCUGAGGAUCUCAUCUCGGUACCUAAUGGCAGUCAGGCUACCUCUGGCGAGCACAUGGAGGGCUGUGCGGCCCCCCAAAGAAAUGCCACCCCACACCAUGACUGGCCCACCGCCAAACCGGUCAUGCUGGAGGAUGUUGCAGGCAGCAGAACGUUCUCCACGGCGUCUCCAGACUCUGUCACGUCUGUCACAUGUGCUCAGUGUGAACCUGCUUUCAUCUGUGAAGAGCACAGGGCGCCAGUGGCGAAUUUGCCAAUCUUGGUGUUCUCUGGCAAAUGCCAAACGUCCUGCACGGUGUUGGGCUGUAAGCACAACCCCCACCUGUGGACGUCGGGCCCUCAUACCACCCUCAUGGAGUCUGUUUCUGACCGUUUGAGCAGACACAUGCACAUUUGUGGCCUGCUGGAGGUCAUUUUGCAGGGCUCUGGCAGUGCUCAUCCUUGCACAAAGGCGGAGGUAGCAGUCCUGCUGCUGGGUUGUUGCCCUCCUACGGCCUCCUCCACAUCUCCUGAUGUACUGGCCUGUCUCCUGGUAGCGCCUCCAUGCUCUGGACACUACGCUGACAGACACAGCAAACCUUCUUGCCACAGCUCGCAUUGAUGUGCCAUCCUGGAUGAGCUGCACUACCUGAGCCACUUGUGUGGGCUUGUAGACUCCGUCUCAUGCUACCACUAGAGUGAAAGCACCGCCAGCAUUCAAAAGUGACCAAAACAUCAGCCAGGAAGCAUAGGAACUGAGAAGUGGUCUGUGGUCACCACCUGCAAAACCAGUCCUUUAUUGGGGGUGUCUUGCUAAUUGCCUAUAAUUUCCACCUGUUGUCUAUUCCAUUUGCACAACAGCAUGUGAAAUUUAUUGUCAAUCAGUGUUGCUUCCUAAGUGGACAGUUUGAUUUCACAGAAGUGUGAUUGACUUGGAGUUACAUUGUGUUGUUUAAGUGUUCCCUUAAUUUUUUUGAGCAGUGUAUAAGCUUUCAACCAUAAAACCCACUAAUCAUGUAAUUACUUUAUCAAAAUAGUUUAACCUGCUUUUUUGCAAUAAUCGCUGAUAGCUCAGGUGGUAGAGCACGGUGCUUGUAACGCCAAGGUAGUGGGUUCGAUCCCCGGGACCACCCAUACUCAAAAAAUUUAUGCACGCAUGACUGUAAGUCGCUUUGGAUAAAAGCGUCUGCUAAAUGGCAUAUUAUAUGGCUUUCAAGUCUGUGUAUGAAAAUGCACUUUUUGUAACAAAUUUAACCAGAAUCAUGCAUAAUGCACAUUCACUAAUAAUGACUAAUUUCUUGUAGCAGGCCUUAUUGAAAAUAUACACAGGUCUCAUAAACAACCUAUCAUUACAAGCCUACCUGCUAGUGAGUAACCAGCUAAUCUUAAUGUUUAAGUCUAGCCAACUUGCAUCCAUUUUCUUGCUAACAUUGUAGAACAGUUGAACUGUUAUGAAUACACCCUCCUGUCCAUCUCCAGCUGUUUGAACAACAUAGCCUGUUCACUAUGUUUAGAAAAAAACUUUUGUUAGUUGAAAUCAAGUGGCCUACCUGGAUAAUAUGCUUAUUUCUCAGAAUGAGAAUGAGUUGCCAUGCAAUUCUUAUAUAAAUGCGUAUUUUUAUGCUCAUUGCACAUUUAUAAAACACAGACUAGACAGCUAACACAUAACAGUCUGUGGCAAAAAUUCUGGCAAUGCUGCUCGCGAUAGAAACUGAACAUACAUUUUCACAAUCACGUUAAUCUUAGUAGGGUCUGCUCUGUUCAGAAUUUUGGGAGUUGAGAAAUAAAAAGGGUAUCAUUACAAAGGUUAAGUUCUCCUCUAUUACAAUGUGUUUCGGUGUCCAUAUGACCGAUUUUAUGUUGGACCAAACCUCAAAUUCAAAUAGCGAGUUGAAACUGCUUGUUGUCAGAGAGGAAGAAGAUGAUGUAUUGUCUUUGUUGUUGUGAGUGUCAAGGGGAGGGACUUGGUGUUUGUGUACAAGUGGGACGGUGCACAGUGCACACAGCACAGAAGGAGCGAAGGAGAGGAGACGAAAAAGACACAAACCCAAAAUAGAUUCUUGUGAUACAGGCAUUUGGAACAUCUCGCUAAAACAUACAUUAAAAUCAAAUGAUAAUGAUUUGAUAUAUUGCCAAGCCCUAGUUAGGUUUAGGGUAGCUCUCGAAAACUCUAGGCGGGAUUCUGCCUUUCCCUACUGUUCUCAGCCAUUCGCUUCGCCCACGACUGCGUCAUGUGAACUACAAUCCCGACGCGGCAUUUUAACAUUUAGAAACGUCAAUAAUCAUCGCUUGUGAUACGGCUUUCGAAACAUAUUGCCCUUAUCUUUCAUCAGCGAGAAGGAAUCCUUCAAAUAAAAAAAAUAUACUUACCAUAGUAGCUUUGCACAGAUCCAUACAGCUAUUGGUGCCUCCAUCCAACGAAACUACACUUCCGCUACACUUCCCGAGUUACGCUUACACACAGGUGUUCGGAGCAUGCUAGAUAACUAAUUAGCACAGGGAGUUGCCUCGUCUUCUGUCUGUUUUCUGUAAACAAGCGCUGUAACCUGGUGAUAUGGCCGUGUGGGAACACUAACCCAUAACCCUAUCAAGGUGUGUAUCAAUUAACCUUUUUGUUUUUUGAAAAUAGUUUCUUGCUGAUAUGAAAGAUAAGGUCCUUAUGCUUCCAAUACCGUACCGCAAGCGACACGUGUUAAUGUUCAGAUUGAGCGUUGGGGAUCUUAACAAAACUCCCCCCUACAGAAGAAGCCUUCGUCCAAUUACGCUUUUGUGUAAUGUAAUGGAACUGAGAGUCAUGAUCAUGGGCUAGGUUUAGGAUUAGGGUUAGGGAAAAUAGGAUUUUGGUCCCCACAAGGAUAGUAAAACAAACGUGUGUGUGUGUGUGUCCCCAUCUCUUUAAUGCCAGAGGUCACAAUUGAUGUCAGAGUUGCUUGUCAGGUGUCUUGUCUGAGAUGGGGUUUUAUUUAUAUUUUGAUAUUUUCCUUUUCAAAACACAGAGGGACAGUCAUCCCUUUUUUAGUGAUUAAAAUGAACUGAACAAACAGAAAAGACACAGCAAACACAGUCAACAGCAUAAAAUGGCAUACAAGAAGCUCCAGCCCAUGAUAAAAAAAAUAAAAAGCUGAUUAAACAGCAUGAUCAUUAUACAGGUGCACCUUGUGCAAGGACGAUAAAAAGCCACUCUAAAUGUGCAGUUUUGUCACACAACACAAUACCGCAGAUGUCUCAAGUUAUGAGGGAGCGUGCAAUUGUGGCAUGCUGACUACAGGAAUGUCCAACAGAGCUGUUGCCAGAGAAUUGAAUGUUCAUUCUACCAUAAGGCGCCUCCAACGUUGUUUUAGAGAAAUUUGGCAGUACGUCCAACCGGCCUCAACUGCAGACCACGUGUAACCACGCCAGCCCAGGAGUAUUUCUGUCUGUAAUAAAGCCAUUUUGUGGGGAAAAACUAAUUCUGAUUGGCUGGGCCUGGCUCCCCAGUGGGUGCCCCUGCCCAGUCAUGUGAAAUCCAUAGAUUAGGGCCUAAUAAAUGUAUUUCAAUUGACUGAUUUCCUUCUAUGAACUGUAACUCAGUAAAAUCUUUGACAUUGUUGCAUGUUGCAUUUAUAUUUUUGUUCAGUAUAUUUAGCUAAAAUGAUGAAUUACUGAAAUAAUAUGGACAACUGAAAAACGGAUCCCCAGGUAUUUUCUUAGGUGUUUAUUACCCUGUCAGGUGAAUGUCAGCCUAAUAAGUAUAAGGCAAAGGUCUGGAAGACAGCUGACAGAUCACUGCUAAAGGAUCUUAUUCCCUCACUGAGUUUCAUCAAGGGACAAGGGUAUACAGCUAGGGCUCUGCAGGCAUCUGUUCUCUGUGAUAACAUUAGAACAAGGGGAACUGUGAUAGCAAGGCACACACACACACACACACACACACACACACACACAGAGUCAUUAGGGAAUGAGUCACAGCUUUAGGCGGGUGUUUGUUCCGGAAGGAAUGACAAGGUACUAUCAGAAGGGAGGUCUGUCACUCCCAAGAUGGCAGGGUACAGGAAACUGGAAAGGCCAUUACAGGGUGGUUGUCACACAUCAUACCCCGCAUGGCAAUCCACCAAACCUAUCCCCGGUGAGGGAACAUUCCCUUGGUAAUGCUCAGCACUGCUUGUGCUAUAACAUGCUUGUGCUAAACAAACUUCGUGUGAGUAUUGUUUGAGUGUCGUGACUGUAGUGUCUCUGAGGCCUCCCUCCCUCCCUCCCUACCUCUCUCUCUCUCUGUCCACAGAGGUAAGCUGGGUGCACUGCGUCUAAAGGUGCGUUUGGUGGAGGACCUUAUCCUGCCCUCCAUGUACUACCAGCCUCUCAUUGACCUGCUGGUGGAGUCUGUCAUCUCUCCUGCUGAGGUCAGCAUCACACUGCUGUCACAAACACAACCCAUUGUUAUUAACUAAUUCUACAGGAUAUUGUUAUGAUUUAUUCAACCACUAAUGAAUUCCAUUUUCAUGCCAUAUGAAGAUGCCAUGAUACGUGAUUCCUUUCUAUGAAAAUGUCCUUCUUUAGAUUUCUUAGAAUAUGCCACAUCCUUCCACCACAGGGUUAUAUAGAGAGCAUAAUGUGCUCCAUGGCUGACAGACACAAAGUCAGCUUCCUCUCAUAUAUGAACACCUGGCUAAUAGACUCUGACUAUCUCCACCCUCUGACCCAUCCCAGGUGGAGGACAGCAGCCCUCUGACAAUGCUGGAGGAGGUGACCACGGUUGAGAGCCGGCAGGACGUGGCCAUGACCCUGGUCAAGAUCUACCUAGGCCAGGGCCUGGUGGUGCCCUUUCUGGACUACCUCAGCACCCGUGAGGUCAACCACACCUGUAAGAGACACUGGCUGGCUUGGGAAUUUAACAUAGGAUAGGAAAGUCAUAUUUUUUAAUUAUUUUUUUAUAUGCUCUUGUAAAGAAUCGUGGUUAUAUGACCACUGAGUCUCUUGGAUGUAGUGAAACAAAUCCUUGUGCAGCUGUGAACAACCAGACAGUGUGUAGGUUAGGGUAGUGUACAGUUUGGGAAGGAGCUUUGAGUGUGUGUGUGCUAGGCAGAUUGAAUAAGAGCCCAGCUGCUCACCUGCUCUUGUUCCUGCGUAUCCCACAGAGGCUCUAAGCGUUGUUGGUAUUUAACUUUGAUUUGACGCUCUUUCUCUAAUCGCAGCCGCAGCCACAGUUGGUCUGUGUGGGUGGGCGGUGCACACCAGCCAGCACUAUAUUUAUCAGACCUCUGACAAUUAUCCACCCUUACAGUCGUUUCACAAGUUCUGCGUGUUCAUUAAUUAUGUUUCUGUCUCCACCCGGGUCCCCAGGCUUAGUCAUAAGGAGUUUUGUUGUGCUCUGUGUGUUUUCUUCUCUUUCUGUUAGUGUAGCUUACGAUAACAAGCAAAGUGCCCAGGUUUCCAUAGCAACUCCACACGAUCUGAAAGGGAGAUCAAAAUAGAUGUUGGGGAGCAGCAAGACAUUAAAGCAAGGACAAAUUAGAAAAAAACAACCUUAGAAGUUGUGUGGUGGACCCAAACUUCUAAAUAUCCUUUAUGUCAUGAAAGUGCAGGCAGCUCCUCCCUAUCUCCUCUCACAAAUGACCUUUAGGUAUACAACUAAAACACUUUGCCCGGCAACAGGUCAUAUCACCAUGACUAUAUCAAUGUUCCUCCCUCCAAGAUAAAGGUAACUGUGUAGCAAAGAGGGCCAAUGAAUACUGAAAUUAGAGUAGCGCUAGUAUUUGGGUAACCCUAGUAGACCAAGAUCAAUAUCUGGUUCAUGACUCCUCUUAGCCCCUUACACAGUGGUUUAGAAAUAUGAUGUCCCUGAAAUGUAUAGCCUGUCCUAUGUUAUAAAGAUAUGUUACAUUUUUAUGAUUUACAUUCCCCUUCUCUUUCAUGUAUCCUUCUAACAGCGGAUCCAAACACCCUGUUCCGGUCCAACUCUCUAGCUUCUAAAGCCAUGGAGCAGUUCAUGAAGGUGAGUGGAACUCCAGUAAAUCCAACAUGUUAGCUGGAUUCUCUCUUGACAGUCUCACUAUGCUCACACCUGUCCCACAGUAUAGCACUAUAGCAUAGUCCUAAAUACAUGCCAAGGACUUAAAUCUAAGAACCACUAUUGUUCUGAAUAACUGGUAUUAGCUGGAUAAAUAUAAAAUAGCUUUGAAUGGAUGUUUUGUAAAUGUGUGGUAUUGUGCACUGGCAGGCUGUGGGGAUGCUGUACCUUCAUGAGGUCCUGAAGCCCAUCAUUAACCGCAUCUUUGAGGAGAAGAAGUACAUUGAGCUGGACCCGUGUAAAAUUGACCUGAACAGAACCAGGUAAACAGGAAAUACUGGUGUAGAAAUAAAGGUGUAAAAAAUGGUUUAUGAGAUGUAAUAGUUUCCUGGAUAACAGCACGUGAAGCACAAUCUUCAGUUUGACUAGAGACGAUAACAUCAAGACAUGAAAAAGGAAUGUAAAAAUGGGGGAAGGUUGUUGCCUGGCAACCAGAGAGAACCCCCUAAGAUAGAACGCCACGACCCUGCCCGCAUGUGGGGAAAAAAAACCUGUGGUUACCUAGGUUACCCCAUUGGCUCACAGAAAAAACGUGAUCUUUUUCAAACGCAAUUUUCUUGUCUGCUUGUUUUAGUCAAUUACAAAACUACGUUUAAGAAAAGUACAACAUGUCUAAAGAUUACUUUUCAACAUUGCCUGCUCCCUAGUGUUCUCACUACUUAGAAAAUGUAAUAUUGUAGGGAUUCCCUCAUGCCCCUUUUCAUGACGAUGCUAGCAGCCACUUGAGUGAGUGCUAGCUAGCUACCGACUGGAACAUUAAGCUAGCCAAGACCAACAACACAAACAAACGGACUAUACAGCUACAAGUAGUAAGUGGAGUUACAAACAGACUGUACUAAACAAGUUAAAUGUCUUACCUGUGAUGAAAUGUUUUACGUUUAGCCUACUUGGACACCGCAUCCGAACAUUUCCCACUAUCCAACAGUGAAUAGCCUGAAGCCAGAGGGCUCUUCUCGCAGGCUCUAUUUCCCUUGGUGGAAGCAUUACAAAUCGUAGGUUGGGAUUUUUGACCUGGCUGCAUGUACAUUGAACAACACAGCAGCUUUUCAGCAUGUUUUGUUAUUUUUGUAUAACAAAAAUGUACAACGAAGUUGCCUCUUUUACAAUGGGGGUCAAUAGGAAAGAAUGUUGGUUUUCCCCAAUUUGUGGGCGUGGUCGAGGGGAAUUCCUUAUUAUUAUGUGAAUACCGACUGGGACUAUGCCUAUCUCUAAUACCCACCCAUCUCUAGUAUCUAUCAUCCCUACAGCACAGACUGAUCCUAAAUAUCCUCAGACUUAACCUGCUAUAUACUGUACCACUAUGCUAUCCGUCCACAUUUGUGCUCAUGUCUCCACAGACAUCAUAACACUGAGGCAUCUAUUGACACAUGGAAUGUCUUGAUGUUGAUGUAUUGAUUUGCCCUGUGCACAGACUUCAUAAUUGGUGACAAUGCUGUUUGUACAAAGCAAAGGUCACAGUAUGGGUCCCACAGACCCUUGCGUUUCAGAGCGUCAUUGAUUUGGCAGUAUACAUUUAAUUUCAAUGUAACACUGACCCCUCUCUUUCUCUCUGGAGGCGUAUCUCAUUUAAAGGUGCGGUGUCUGAGGCUGAGUUGAGGGAGAGCAGUGUGGAGAUGCUGCAGGGCUAUCUGUCCAGCAUCGUGGAGUCCAUCGUUGGGUCAGUUGCCCAGUGCCCUCCCGUCAUGAGGGUGGCCUUCAAACAGCUGCACAAGAGGGUGGAGGAGCAGUUCCCUGAGCCAGAGAAUGAGGUCAGUCUCACCAAGAGGUCAAUGGUCAAAUGCACAUACAAAGGUCACCUAGAUGAAGGUGUGCUUUCAAUGCUGGAUAGAGAAUAACCAUGGGGAUGGUGUCAGUGGUUUUAUUUAUUCAUAUCUCUUGCACUCCUUCCCUCCUGACCUUCCCUCCUGACCUUCCCUCCUAACCUUCUCCCUGCAGGAUGUGAAGUAUCUGGCCAUCAGUGGAUUCUUCUUUCUGCGAUUCUUUGCCCCUGCUAUCCUCACACCUAAGCUUUUCCACCUGAGGGACCAGCAUGCAGAUACACGCACCAGCAGGACACUGUUACUACUGGCCAAGGUACUGUGCCCUUGCACACACACACACACACACACACACACACACACACAAACACACAUUCACAAACCGUGCCACACAGUAAAACCAGCCUGAUCACUAGAAAUAGACUUUGAUUUCAGAUAUUUGAAAAGUCCUGAGAAUGUUGAUAUACAAAACAAAAGAAAAACGAUUGCCCAGCGCUGGGCGCGAACUUGUGAUGCUCAGACCACUGCGCCACCGCAGUUCACAAUGCUCUAGCAAGCCGUGAGAAUACUUGAUGAUACUUGAUGGUAAUAGGUCGUUUUUAAUUAUUUUUCUUUUAAACCUUCCCCAAACCAUUCCCCUAACCUUAACCACUCAGCAUUCAUGCCUAAACUGUUAACCAUUGAGUUGAUUCUGUUUCAACCCUGUAACCACGCUGAAUUAACCCUGUAACCAUGCGGAAUUAAUGCGUAAAAAAUAGAAAUUCAUCCAUAAUACGUCGAAUUUCGGAGGGAAACUAUGAGAUCUUGUUGGUAAAAGAGUUGUAGAGGAUAGAGUUGCUGUCCGUGGUGCUGAAGUCCUGUUGCUAUGGGUCCUCUACAGAAAAUGGUCUAUUUUUACCUCUGGCUGUGGUUCAAAGCAGAGCUUCAGAGAGGGGUGGAGAGGGGCUUCCUCUGCGCUCUAGGCCAGGUGUGUGUGUGUGUGUGUGUGUGAGAGAGAGAGAGAGAGCGACAGAGAGAGAGAGAGAGAGAGAGAGUAGUAGUACUCUGUUACUGAAAGCACAAGCAGAACCUGAUCAUACUGUGCUGUUCAUUUAAUACCAGAAUUGAUCAUGAUACUCCCUGUCCAUUUGAUUGAUGGUUAUGGUUACAUGAGAGAGUGGUGGGUGAACAUGGAUGUUUUUCUGUGUGCUCCAGGCAGUGCAGAGUGUGGGGAAUCUGGGCUUGCAGCUGGGCCACGGUAAGGAGCUGUGGAUGGAGCCCCUGCAUCCCAUCAUCCUUUGCAGCGUGGCCUCUGUUAAAGACUUCCUGGACAAGCUCAUCGACAUAGACCAAGAUAGCGGUAAGCGGCACCAGCAGGACACUGUUUAUUCAAUAAUGCAUAGGGCCAGGAGUUUUUCAUCACCACAUCACCUGACUAGGGGAAACUCUGGGCCCUAGUAGUAAUGCAUCAGUAGCCUGAUGAAGAGCAAGCAGGUUACUGUAGAGAUCAGAGAUAAGGUAGAGCCACUGGAGAGGAACAUCAGAACUUGGCUGGGCUCCUGUCCUGGCAGGCUAACCCACCAGGUGCCAGUGUGGCAAGGCCAGUUAUUACUGGUAUCAAUAGUAAGAAUAGACCCACUGGUGAAAUAUUAAUGGGCAGCUGGGAGCUGAUACUGGGGUAUCAAGGGAGCGGGGUGGGCUGGGCGUUGGACUGUGGAGCCCUCGCCACCCCUACACACCACACUGAUUAGAUAGCACGCCCAUGCCCCUUUCUCGUGGUCAUGUGUCAGCGACUCUGUUGUUGUGAUCUGUCUUAUCCCUCUGAAAUAUCACGUUCCAAUCUCCAUGUGUCAUCUCAGCCACUGGGCUCUCCAACAAAAGCCACUUUGACAUUUAAUGCACUUGAGGUGAAUUUAUUAUGCAGGAGUGGAUUUGUAUUGUUCCAUCUGUCUGAGGGUGUUCAGAACACGAGGGUGACAAAAGGGAGGCAAGAUAACACAAACUAUGAUGUCAUGAUGAGAUGAUGCAUGUACAGUAAUGUGCUGUAUAGAGGAGGCUACUGACAGGACAACAGCUCAUAAUAAUGGCUGGAACGGAGCAAAUGGAAUGGCAUCAAAUACCUGGAUACCAUGUGUUUGCUGUAUUUGAUACCAUUCCACUGAUUCCGCUCCGGUCAUUACCACAAGCCUGUUCUCCCCAAUUUAGGUGCCAACAACCUCCUGUGGUAUAUGUAUAAGUUAGCCAUAAUAAUACUGCUGCAGCUCCACCUUGUGUCCACAUUGAUAAAAAGUAUCAUUUUUGUUUGUGUGCUCCCCCAUAUCACCCGUCUUAUUUCUCUCUCUUCCUUUCUCCCGUCCUACCUCAUCUCCCUUCCACUCUCCUACUCCCUCUCUCCAUCCCCCCAUCCUCUCUCGCUCUGCAGUGUCUGAGGUGCCCCAGAGAGCUGUGUUCCUGCCCUCAGUGACAGUGAAGGAGGGCUAUCUCCAGAAGCACAAGGCCGAGGGCCCCCAGCUCCUGUCCCGCUUUGCCUUCAAGAAGCGAUACUUCUGGCUGAGCAGUGAGACCCUGUCCUACGCCAAGACUUUGGACCCCUGGCAGGUCCCAACAUACACUCAGAAACCUAUCCAUGACCAGCUCUGAUAACAGCUCUGAUGGUAAUUCCUCCACUCUGUUACGUCAGAGAAAGCCGGACAAGAAAACUUUAAGGAUCAAAGUCCUCUGAAAUUGACUAAUUCAUUAUAACAAGGUAACAACGUUUCCUCUGGUGAUGAAUUGGCUCAUGUACCCUUCAAAGGGUGUUUGAUCGUCAACCUGCCUCAUAAAAAAGAGGAAACAUUUUCAUCAUCCCUCUGCCUUCAUUUAUUUGUGUUUGGCUCUGUAUGAGAACAUCGUUAGUGGGGAGGCUAUUGUCAUGUGAUGCCCAGCCUUUUGAUGAGAGAGAGAGAGAGAGAGAGAGAGAGAGAGAGAGAGAGAGAGAGAGAGAGAGAGAUAGAGAGAGAGAGAGAAGAGAGAGUCUAGCGGCCUAUAGAUCUCUCUCUCUCUCUCUCGCUCUCUCCUCUCUCUCUCUUCGUCUCUCUGCUCUUCUCCUCUCUCUCUCUUCUCUCGCUCUUCUCUCUCUUCUCUCUCUCUCCUCGCUCCGUCUCUCGCUACCUCUCUCGCUCUCCUCUCUCUCUCUAUCUCCCUCUCUCUCGCUCGUCCUCUCUCUCUCUCUGCCCGCCUCUCUCGCUCUCUCUCUCUCUCUCUCUCUCUCUCUCUCUCCUCUCUACUCUUCUCGGCUCUCUCUCUCUCUCUAUCUCUCUUCUCUCUCUCUUCAUCUUCUCUUCCACUUCUUUUUCCUUUUUCUUAUUCUGGCCUUUCCUUUCCUUUCCGUUGUGUGGCUGGAAUAAAGGCUAGGUUAAUUGAAGGCUGUGGAUAUUCAUAAUAACAUUGCAAAUCAGACUGUGGACAAUACCCCCUCUCCCCUCCCACUGUGCUCUAGCCUGAGUGAGGCAGGCUGCCCAUGGAAGCGGCUGAUUUACACAUUAAAGCAGCCGUUCUGCCGGGUUUCUCCUGUCCUGCUCUCUCUCACUUUCUCCGCUUUUUUUCUUUAUCUCUCCAACACUCUUUUCUCUUCUCAGUCCUCUUUCUUUGCUAAAUGGUUGCACAUCUUGAUUUGCAUAAUAAUAAAACGUAGGGGAAGGAUAAAAGCUGAUACAUACUGUACAGACACUUGAAGCCGGGCCUUAACUCUCCCGAGGAAAAGCUGAUAGCUAAAUUAUUCAUUUGAUAUGUAUUUGCCUGUAUUCAUAAGAUUGCCUACAGAGUAAUACAGGAGUGCCACGUGGACCUGUGUGUGGCUGCUGAUACUGUAUUAUGUACGUGUCCUGCAGGUGCGCUCUUCCAUCCCCAUCCAGUGUGUGUGUGUCGUGGAGAGAGUGGAUGAGAAUGCCUUCCAACAGCAGCAUGUGAUGCAGGUCGUCACCCAGGACAACGAUGGACAGAUGCACACCAUCUAUAUCCAGUGCAAGGUACUGGCAGACCUCCAGUCACUGACCACACUAUUACAAUUGACCCUUGACUGGGUUGACUAUGUGGUGCUUUCUUUGCAUCACUGUGAUGUUUGAGUGCAGCCUCCCCACUACAAAAUGGUGGCCGUUAUCAGAGACAAUAUAAAAGGUAGAGUCUGUCUGUCUGCAGAAUGUGAAUGAGUUGAACCAGUGGCUGUCAGCCAUCAGGAAGGCCAGUAUCUACAACGAGCGCAUGCUGCCCUCCUUCCACCCAGGGGCGUACCGUAGUGGCAAGUGGACUUGCUGCCUACAGGCCAACCGCACUAGUAAUUAUAACAUUGACCAUUAUGUAGGACGCUUUGUUCAAGUGCCACACACUUAACAUGUUAGUGCUUUUUUAACACUUCAUAAUCAUCUUUUUACCUCACAUUUAUGUGCACUGCUCUUACACCAGCCCAUAACUGUUUGCUCCCUCAGACUAAGUAACUCACAGACAGAAAGGAAAGUGAAUACACUGUAUGGCCCCUCUCUCUUGUUCAGCUUUAGGUUGCAGUCGCACUCACUCUGCAGUGACUCUGGGUGACUGGAGUGACCCACUGGAUCCAGACGCAGAGACUCAGACCAUCUACAAACAGCUUCUUCAGGGAAGAGACAAACUCAGGUCAGUGGCAUACACUUUGACAUUAGAACAUUUAGAGGCUAUGAUAAACCUCCUCCAACAGAGGGUGCAGUUCAUUUACUUAUCACAAGGGGUCUACAUUGCAACAUUAGGACUACUCUCUACUCACAUGAAUUAGAAAUAGCCUGUAACUCAGGAACAUAUCAAUGUGGAUUGAUAUGCUCAGCCUCUCUCACACUUGGUCACUACCAUGGCAAGGAAAUACCAUGGGAUUUUCCUGCCACGGUAGUGACCAAAAAACCAUGAUAGUACCAUGGUAUUUUUUUCAUUGUACUUCCCUUGCAGGAAAAUCCCAUGGUAUUUGCACCAGUACCAUGGUAUUUUCCUGCCAUGGUAGUUUCCCAAAACAUAUGAUAGUACCAUGGUAUUGAAAUGUACAGUACCAUGGUAGUACAAUUUUAAAAAUAACAUGGUUUUGUGCUAGCAGUAUGUAGUGAAACAUGAAAGCAUGGUAGUUGUUUACAAUGUAUUAUCAUGAUGGUCUGUGUCCCACCAUUUUUCGGGUAAAGUGACAUUGACUUCUUGCUCUGCAAUGGAAAAGUGUAGGCCUAGUGUACCCUCUUAAAACCCUUUAGCUCAUAGUGAAAAACCACAACACACAUGGUCUAGUACUGUAGUGUACCCUCUUAAAACCUGGGACCUGGAUAGGGUAUGGUGAGAAGAAUGGAGUCUGACACCUUGAAGAUAAGGUUUAAAAUAAUUAGCUAGUUUAUCUGGCACUCUUCAAUACAGUUUUCAGUUGUUUCUCUCUCAUUCAACUGACUAGGCUACUCUAAAUACAAUUGUAAAUAGCCAACAUACUAAAAAACUAUUUGUACAAAUAUGAAUUAUCAUCUUACUUCAUAAAUACAUUUUCAUCAUGUCAUUCUCAACACAUCCCUAACAAUAGGAAGUUACAAUGUUCGUUGGAUUCCGCCAUGACUACGACAAGCUAGCUUGACUGGCGCUAACGUUAGCCGAUGUUAGCUUCUAUGCUAAAGGAUUUUAUAGAUUAAUUAAACUCCACUUAACUUGGUGUUUCAUAUCCUAUGCUUUAUAACUCUCUCACCGUGAAGAUAAGGUUUAAAAUAAUUAGUUUAUCUGGUGCUUCUCUCGUCAGUUUUCAAUUGGCUCUCUCAUUCCACUGACUCGCUGACUAUGGGACAGCAGAUAGCGUUGCGGUUAAGAGCGUUGGGCCAGUAACCGAAAGGUUGCUGGUUCGAAUCUCUGAGCAGACUAGGUGAAAAAUCUGUCUGUGGCCUUGAGCAAGGUAUUGCUCCUGUAAGUCGCUCUGGAUAAGAGCGUCUACAAACAUGUCAAAUGUAAGCAGGCUAGAGCCACUGUGGAGUGAGAGCACAUUUAUUUAAUGCAUUAUACUGCCAUUGUACCAUGGUAGCGCACAAUUAAUAAAGAUGGUGCCAUAUGAUGUUUGGAACCAUUUAUCUUAAUUGUGCGUUACCAUGGUAGAAUGUAUAAUGCAGGUUAAAACCAUGGUAUUUUUAUGAUCCACAUCUAUACCAUGGUAUGUAUAAAUGAUGCAAUACCAUGGUAUUAUUUAGGUGCAUGGGAGGGUAUGUAUCAUACAUGUACUACAAAGCUAAAACCAUGGUACAUUUCCAUGAUUCAGAUCUAUACCAUGGUAUAAAUGAUGCAAUACCAUGGUAAUAUUUAGGUACAAUGGCAGUACCAUGGUAGUACCAUCAUACUUCAAGGCUAAACCCAUGGUACAUUUCUAUGAUUCAGACUAUACCAUGGUAUAAGUGAAAGUACCAUAGUAGUACCAUGGUAUCAAGGAAAUUAAGUCCAGCCUCUCUCACAAACUCUGUUACACACUAUCUAAACUUUGAUAAACAUGUUGAUCAGUGUGUUAAUGCGAGUGUGCCGUGCUGUGCCCUGUGCUGUGCCGUACCCUGUACUGUGUGUUUACAGGAAGCAGUAUGUGGAGGCUGAGACGACCACAGAGGAAGAGAAGAGACUGAACUCUGGGCUGCUCCCUGGUGAGACUGUCAAAACAGUGCCUUUUUAAUAUGCAGUUUGAACAGUUGUAACACCUUAGCCCUCAGAGGUUGGUUCACUAGACUCUUGUACUGUAAUUUAAAGCGUUCUCCUGCUUUAAAUCUUUCUCUCCCCUAGAUGGAACAGACAGUAGCAGGCAGCUCCUGAAGCACAGGCAGGCUGCAGCGGCUCGGCUGCUGGGGGUGGUUCUGGAUCUGGAGCAGGCCCAUGCCACCUUCCAGCAGCGGGAAAGAGAGGAGGCCAGCAGCCUCAUCCUGACCCCC